AUGGUAAAGGCUGUUCUGCAAGCCAUCCCUACUUACUCUAUCAGUGUUUUUAAGAUGCCAAAGAAGUUGUGUAGUGACUUGGAGGCUUUGAUCUCAAGAUUUUGGUGGAAAAACAAUAGGACAGAUGCUGGUAUUCAUUGGAAAACUUGGGAGUUGUUGGGGUCUUCAAAAGAUGGUGGUGGCCUUGGUUUUAGAAGUAUGGAGGGCUUUAAUAGAGCCAUGUUGGCAAAACAAGGAUGGAGAUUGGUCCAGAGGCAAGAUUCACUGGUGGCAAAGAUCUUUAAUGAAAAAUAUCUGAAGUGGCAGUUUUACACUGCAGCAAAAUUAGGGAGAUCCCCCUCUUUAAUUUGGCGUAGUUUAUGGGAAGUAAAGGAUGUGGUUGAAAGGGGCCUGAGGUGGAGGGUGGGAAAUGGAAGAAAAAUUCAGAUAUGGGAUCAGAAAUGGCUUCCUUCUCCUAUUUCUUAUUGUGUUCAAUCUCCUGUACAAGUUCUAGUAGUAGAUGCAAGGGUGGUUGAUUUAAUUGAUGAAGAGAGGAAGGAAUGGAAAGUGGAUUUGAUCUCAAGGGUUUUUAAAAAGGAAGAAGCUGAUAUGAUUUGUGCCAUACCCAUUAGCAGUUUUGGGGCAGAUGAUAGGAUGUUUUGGGGCUUCUCAAAGUCUGGUAAGUUCACUGUAAGAAGUGCUUACCAUGCUGAUGUCCAAUGGAAGAUAGAAAGGAAAGGGGGUUCAUCGGGAGGGAAUAGAGACGCUGAGUAG